CGAAGACUCUGAGGCGCAUAGAGGGUUUUAGGAGCUCUGCAAUCGUCGAGCAAUACGGUGUAGGUGAAACUACGAAUAGAGAAGACAAGAAAACUCAAUUAGGUUAGAGUGUUGAACAAUCUGAAAAUAUGUCCUCUUUCAAUUUCAUUAGCUGUGAUAUUGGCUGUGAUAGUGUCGAUGAUACUCAUAGCUGCGGUGAUUCCUUUGUUCUUGUGGAAACGUCGGGUAGAUGCUCGAUCACGUGAGCAAGUUGAUGCACAACCGCCACUGGCUCAGGCGCGUGAAAACGUGGUACGUGCUACUGGUGGUGGUGGUGGGCGUAGAAUGCGUCGGAGACCUGCAGCUUCUGGCCUUCUGCUGGUGCUAGCUCCUCCUCAGCAUCUAACGUUCAAGAAAACAUUAGUGGGAGUGAAGAUGAAGACGAAGAUGAAGCUAUUGGAAAUCAAGCCAGAGCAUCAAAGAAGAAGGAGAGGAAGCGUCAAGAACGAGAAGAACAAAGACAGGCUGAAGAAGCUGCACGCGAGUCAAGGAGUACAAAACAAGAUUGGUAUGCAGAGAUGCGUAGGAAGAAGGAUGAGGAGCGUGAGGCAGAGGAGCGGAAGUUGGUGGGAGGAAGAAGAAAAAGCACGACAAGCCAAGGAAGAAGAGGCAGCUGCGUUAGAGUUUGACAAAUGGAAAGGGGAGUUCUCAGUUGAUGCUGAAGGUACUACAGAGGAAGUGCAGGGUGGAAAUCAAGAUUUGCUUUCAGAGUUUGUUGAAUACAUAAAGAAACAGAAAUGUGUUCCACUUGAAGACCUUGCCGCAGAAUUUAAUCUACGAACUCAGGAAUGCAUUAACAGGAUCGCCUCUUUGGAGAUCAUUGGACGGCUCUCGGGUGUUAUGGAUGAUAGAGGAAAAUACAUUUACAUAUCAAUGGAAGAGAUGAAUGCGGUUGCAGAUUACAUCAAACGUCAAGGAAGAGUCAGUAUCUCACAUCUAGCAAGCAAGUCAAAUCAGUUCAUCGACUUGGAGCCCAAAGUACAAGAUCAGCUAACUGAAGAAAUCAGCGGCAUGGAAGAGAUAUCCGUUUCUUAGUUGACGUAUUCACAGUUUCUCUUGUAAAAUCCUUAGUAAGAGAAAGUCUUGGGGACACGCUUCAAACUUACUGGUUUGAUCAUAUAUAUGACCUUGUGCUGAUUUUACUUGUAUGGGA